UUUAGAACAAACUAAUAUCAAACUGCCGUCAGAAACAAAACGUACUCCUGCUUCAGCGACUGAAACACAAACUGUUCAUACAUGACGACACGUGAGAGGUUCUGAUUUUGUUCUGUGGAGAUCGUUCAACAACUGAACACUAAAACUUUUCCACUUCGCCUCGUUUGUUAUGACGCACUUAUUUCCGUUCAUCCUCAGUCCAACCUACCAAACGUCACUCUAACGCGACGUCCUCAAAGACACGGAAGAGUUUGAACUGCAGCUUUAACUUUAUUUAAACCUUAAAUUUAAUCUGAUGUGUUCAGGUUUAAACUCAGGUUCAGUUAUUGAGUGAAAACACCAACAGACUCAGACAUUUAGGACAAACUAAGAGUCAGAUCAGCAGAAACAGAGAACACGGACAUGUCUGCUGUAACUGUGUCACUCUGCUCCACGCUGAUGUUUGUCCUGUUCGUCUCUGCAGACCAGAAAAUCAUCACAGCUGAGUCUGGACAGGACGUCACUCUGACAUGUCGAGCUCCAAACAACAACAUCAUCAGUUUAGAGUGGAGCAGAACUGACCUGGGAGAUAAACAAUAUGUGCUUUUGUACAAGGAUGGUCGAUUUGAUCCAGAGUACCAGCAUCCAUCUUUUAAGAACCGGGUGGAUCUGCAGGACAGACAGAUGAAGGAUGGAGACGUGUCUUUGAUUCUGAAGGAUGUGACGAUUAAUGACACUGGAACAUACGAGUGUGGUGUCGUCCAGAUAGGAACAAACUAUUUGAAUGUCAUCAGCAUCCACCUUCAUGUUGAUCCUCCAGGUCAGACAGGAGGACACACAGAGGAUGGAGGGAAGAAGCAAGAUGGGGUCAGCAGAGGGAGGCAUGGACUGAUAGCAAGUCUCUCAGUUUUUGUGCUUCUUGUUGGUGCUUUUGUAUCUACAGAUGUAGACAACAACAGCAGACUGAGGAAACAAACCAGCCUCCUGUUGAACUGCAGCAGGUUAAAAUGUCUCAGAGGUUUUUCCAGCGUUGAGUCUGCUGCUGCUGUUCAGAGUUCUGGGUGUUGUCAGUGUUUAAAAUCCUGCAGAAACAGAUGAACUGAGCACAGACAGCAGGCCCACAGUACUGUAGGUUCAUAUCAGUUUAAUCUUUAAUGGCUGCUUCUGUUUUUGCUGACAGCUCAUCUCAGUGGAAGAGUUUCAUCUUUAAAAACAGUCUUUACAUUUCAGCUCUGUAGUUCACUGGAAGAUCCAGAGGGCUGUGACUACAAAUCAGCUUCAACACAGUCAGACUUUCUUUGUGUUUGCUGGCUCAACUAAACCUGAAACUGCAGUCAGAGACAGCAGGUAUCAACAUCAUCAUCAUCUUUAUUUAUAAAGCACUUUAAAAGCAACCACAGCUGGAACAAAUAGCUUUAUAUUAGAACUAAAUAAUACUGCCACAUAAUAUAUGAACAAAAGCCAAAUAAUAAUAAUAACAAUAAUUCAUUCAUUAGUUAAUAAAUAAUUCAAUUAAAAGAGAAACUAUGUCUUACUGAGGUCAAAAGCCAAAGAAGAAAAAUGCAUUAACCUAUUAACCAUUAACCUUCUCUGUUACCCUGGCUCUCUGCUUCAGGCUCUGAGCACGCUCAGAUGAAAAGGAGCGUUUCAUGUGUCAUGUGACUUUUCUUCUACACAAAAUGAUCCCUGUGAGUGCCGCCCAGUCCAAUCAGAGACAUUAUUCAAUGAUGAGAAAAUGGUUCAAUGAUUUCUCCACUAAAUGAAUACAGCUACAUCCCUGUAACAACAUGAUGUGCACUUUAGCUUCAUUCAGUGGUUUCUGUCACGGCUCUGUGUGCGGGCGGGUGGAGAUGUGGAUCCAAGUGCAGGACUCUGAGACGGAAAUGUAACUGAAAACCACAGCUUUAUUGCUGGCACCAAAAAAAAAAAAAAACAGAAACCAAACAUGAAACACGGACUGGAACACACAGGCAUGGGCUGAUGGUACGACGCGACACCGGGUACGGGAAAACACAGGGCUUAAAUACACGGGGUAGUAAUGAGGGAAUGGGCAACAGAAGGCAGACACAGCUGGGAGAGAUCAGGGCUGACGAGACAGGGGGAGCAAAGCUGCACACACUAACAUGAGGC